AUGUUUGGUGAAUCAUAUGCUGAUCAAAUUAAAAGCAUUCCGCUGGCAGAUAAUACGGUGGGAAGACGGAUAUCUGAUAUAUCUGAUGAUCUUUGCGAUCAGUUGAUAGAAAAAAUUAAAUUAUCUUCUUUCGCGUUGCAAGUAGAUGAGGCUACCGAUGUUGCUAAGGAUGCACACUUAAUAACAUAUAUAAGAUAUGUUAUGGAAAAUGAUAUUAGAGAAGAGUUGUUAUUCUGUAAGGCAAUUGAAGGCAAAGCUACGGCGAGUGAAAUUUUUAAUAUGAUUGAUAACUUUUUUAUUGAAAAUGGUAUUUUAUGGGAGAACUGUGUUGGACUGUGCACUGAUGGAGCUCCAUCUAUGGCAGGAAAAAAUGCUGGUCUGCAGGCCCUAGUUCGAAAAGUGGCUCCUCGUGCAGUUUGGACGCAUUGUAUGAUUCAUAGGCAAUCUCUUGUUGCAAGAAAUAUGGGUGAAGAAUUACUUGAAGUAUUUGAAAUUAUAAUAAAAGUUGUUAAUUUUAUCAAAAAUAGUCCAUUAAGAGAAAGGCUUUUUGGAAAAUUGUGUGAUGACAUGGGCUCAGAAUACAAAGCACUACUUUAUUAUUGUGAAGCACGUUGGCUUUCUCGUGCUAAAGUACUUCAAAGGGUGUUUGAGCUCAAAAAAGAAAUUGCCAUUUUUCUUGCUGAUAAUAAAAGAGAUGAAGCAGACAUAUUUUAUGACACGAAGUUUCUCGCAAAAUUUGCGUAUCUAGUUGACAUCUUUAAAAGACUAAGUGAUUUAAAUAAAUCAAUGCAAGGAACUCAAAUUCAUGCUUUUGUUCAAAAGGACAAGAUUACGGCGUUUAUGAAAAAAGUAGAGCUGUGGAUAGCUAGUAUGAAAAGUAAUAACUUUGAUAUGUUUCCUUCUUUUAAAACUACAUGUGUUAAUGAUGAUGAAAUAGAAGCAAAGCAGGAAAUUAUAAUUGAUUUAUCUAGUGAUAGCACAUUGAAGCAGAUGUUUCAGGACGAAAAGAAUAUUGUUAAGUUUUGGUUACAAGUAAAGGACGAUUUUCCAACUUUGACAAAUAAAGCCUUAGAAAUUUUAUUACCAUUUGUGACAUCCUACUUAUGUGAAACUGGUUUUUCUGCAGUAGCAGUAUUAAAAACAAAGUACCGAUCUCGUUUAGUGAUAGAAAUGGAACUGAGAACAGCGAUUUCUACAAUGAAGCCGCGGUUUGAGAAAAUUUGUGCUGAAAAACAAGCUCGACCGUCGCAUUAA